UACUUGAUUUACCUUCUGUCUGAAGAUUGUCUUCCUGCUGUGAUCAAAGAUCGGGUAUGUAACUGGAAUAUUUACACCAAAUAACCGUUACACCAGUGUAGACAGUUCAUAGUAUUAGUACAAAAUUGUGUGACUGUAAAGAUUAGCAUGAAUAUUGAAGACUGUCUCUGUGGACCACUUACACUACUAACUUGUUAAAUGAAGCUUCGACAUCAUGUCUUCCGACUGCGACCUGUGUCACACCAGAGACGUAGUAGGGUAUAACGUCUCUGGUCACACCAGCAGGGUAGAACAAACGAAAGAAUUUAUUUACACUACGUGCAUAUCACGGCCUGCAGCUUACACGACACCUGUUCGCUCACUAAACACUUUGAUAAGAUUUGUUCACUGCCUGGCUUUUCAGUUGCCGGGCGUCAAAAGAAAGUACAAAAAAAAAAAAACCACAAAAGAAAAACAAAACAAAAAAACCAAACAAACAAAGAAAAAAGAAAAAAAUCCGUCUAGUUGACAACAUCAACCAUCACGGUUACCAAACUUUGUCCUGAGUUUCGGUGAGCAAAGCGCACGCGUUACAUCCGUAGAGCAGGAUGGACACUACCAGGUAUUGUACAGCUUGUCCGUGGUAUCGAACGUAUUGCUAUGGCUAUGCCAGAUACUAUCUAGUCUAGCCAUUGCCACUGUUGUUGUUGCGAUCUUGAUGCGGGUAUCUGGCGAAGCGACUGUCGUCCUUGGAGAGGGUGGUUGCUAAGUAUCUGAAGCUGAUGAGCUGUUCAAGCUGUACCCAGUUUAUAUAGAACUUUGUCACUGCCUGGAUCAUAACUCUGGUCUUUUCAGUGCUGGUCUCAAUUCCAUAUGCAUUUGAAUCGUCUGUCAGUCUAUUGAUGAGGUCUGGAAGUUCUUUGUUAGUGCCUUUUUUACUACUUCUUCUUCUUGGUCCUAUUGGCCCCCAGUGGAGCAUAGGGCCGCAACCAGCCCGCCAUUGGACCCGGUUCUGGAGAAGGAGAAGCAAAAAAGGUCUCCUGUUUCCAACACACUUUGUUGUAUGAGAGGAGGACAUCUCUAGCCAUGGCUGGACCUCAGCCACCUUCAUCACAACAGGGCAAACGCCAGAAGAAGGUCGCUGGUGGAGGUCGGGUCAAAGUUUACCUACACGCAGUGACUGAUGAACAUGCUGAACUUCUUACAGAUGUUGGAAAUAAAUGUCCACUUGAAGAGAUCGGUAAGAAGACAGGCACUGAUGUACAGUUCGACCCUCACCCCUCACCUGUACCAGGUAUGAAGAUUAUCAUCAUCCGCGGUGUUCCAUCUAAGAUCGAGGCUGUGGUCAGACUCAUCCGUCAGGUGACUGGUGUUCAGGACACACUGCCAGACCAAGCCCAGACAUUCUGGCUCCAGUGGGUUAAGGCAUCGUACCCUGAUCUCCAGUCUCGCGCCUACUUCCUGCCUCCUGUCUACUUCAACCGCGUGCCGAUGACCAGAGAGACGGUUGCUGGUCAGGAUAUCAGAGUCCUUGACUCCCGCUAUGAAAAAGCAAGUCAACGAAGUGGUCUUUUACAAAAAAAAGGAUCUUUACUAAAGUCAUCAAAAACACACGAUCCACAACAUCAAGAUGUCUUAACCUCAAACACGCAGGUGACAACUCCAUCAGAAACAGCUGAGACUUCCAUUUCUCAACCUGCUACUGUCCAGGACAGUGACAUCAGAGAUGACACAGCCAUGAAUCAAGUUCUCUUCUGUCUUCAGAGUUUGUCAGAAAAGAAAGGAGAAGUCUUAUUUGGAAUCACUCGACUCCACUUCGGACAAUAUCUGAGUGAACCUGGUUUUGCUGUGGCGGCUGCCCAGUUACCCCGAGCCUCCAGCCUACCUCCUGACUUGCCACACAACUGGAAACAGGGAAAAUUUGAUGUGCUUCUUAUUCACAGACAUUACGGUCUUGUCGUCUGCAAUGUCAUGUCGUUCGGUGACAUCACAAACGAUCAUAAAAUGUCAAAAGAGGAUGUUGAGAAGACCAUUAGAAAGAAGCUGAGAGACGCUGUGUCACAGCUGGACAAUGCGGAGGCCAUGUUGUCUCACCUGGUGUCCGACAUCGCUCCCGGUCUGCACAUCACUAAGACCAUCGCCGUCCCUAACCUCACGACUGACCAGGUACAGCAGGCCAUCUCUCACGACUCACAGCUCACUGAGGACCUACAUCGCUGUCUAAAAACAACUAACCCCGUCGACAUCACUGGUGUGUGUCUGUGCUGUGAUCAGUUGUCUGACCCCAAGACCCCGUGUGACGUCAGUAGUCACGUGUUAAAGAAACUCGGCGAAUGGUGGACACGACGUGUGACUGUGUCUGGGCCUGACAGUCACAUGACACGUCACGUGUACAGGACACUAGUAGCACGGUAAGAUACACUGUGUACAAUGAGUAUCACAACAUAAACUAACACUGUACGAGUGUUGACGUGUAAAUAACAUUUGAUAUCAAAUGCACGUGUGUGACAGUCAGUGGUGACAUUGAUAUUGAGAUGACAAGAUGUCAGGUCUACUGUCAUCACAUCCUCCCACAACCUCCUCCAUCUCACCUUCAUCGGCACUGAACACUCUUGAGCUUUGAGCCACUCACCCGUUGUUUAUGUUGUUUAUUUAUUAAGUAGCUGUUGUUGUGUACACGCUGUAAACACACAUGUUUAUAAGACACAAGACACAGACUGAACAAGUGUCACACAGUCAAGUAUACAAGGAUGUCUGUCUACUAGUCUCCCGCCACCUGGUGAGUGUCUGUCUCACCA